AUGGAUUCAUCGCCUCGUUCAUCAAUGGUCUCCUAUAAAAAUAAUUCUCAAUCCAAACCAGAAUCCACUUGUUCGAUUUGCGGCCGCCCAGCCAUUUGUCGGAACUAUGGGGCAUUCUCUUGCAAUGCAUGCAAGAUGUUCUUUAAACGAACAACCGAAAACAAUUACAAGUAUCAUUGUGAUAAUUUUGGAAACUGUCGAGACGAUCUGAUACUAAAAUGCAGAUUUUGUCGAUUUCAAAAAUGUGUGGAAGUUGGAAUGAUCAAUAAUUUAGUUGCGGAAAUUCCAGAAAUCGAUGGAUUAUCUCAGAUUUUGAAUUUUUUGAUCGAAAAGGAUUCAAGAAGGUGUAAAAAGUUAUCUGAAUUCUAUUCAACGGAUGAUCCAACGUUGGAAGAUAUUCUGGAGAAUCGAAACUGCGUUAAGAAAUCCGGCAUCAAAAAUUCAGCAACCCUAUUUGAUUGGUCCUUUGUGCUCAACUAUCUUGUAGCUUCAUAUUUUCUAGAUUUUGAUUUUAUAUCCGAAUUGCCCACUAUGGACAAAUUCUAUGUUUUGAAGUUCAAUACUUUGAAACUAUGCCUUUUUGUUGGUGCCAUGCGUGCUUAUCAGAGCAAAUGGGAACGAGUUAAAUCUCCAGAUGGACGAGAUUACAAUUCUGAUGAUUUCUUGGCGAAAUUGGAAGAUGUAAACAUAUCGAAAAAUAUAAUAACAUCGAGAAUAGUUAGAAAAAUUAUACAGCUCAAAAUUACCAACGAGGAAUUUGUCCUGCUAUGCUUGAUAUUUUUCUGUGAUACAGGCACUCACAACUUAUCUGAAAUUUCUAGAAGCUCCAUUUCGUCUCAACAAAACAAGUAUGGCGCCGCAUUAUUCAAAUAUUGUCAACGGACUUAUCAAAAACACGGACCCUCUAGAUUCACGGAUCUCUUAUCAAUUUGUCAUGUCGUCAACAAAAACACUUCCGAUCUACAAUUCUUAUUCAUGGCAUUUCAAAGUGUUGCUCCAGGAUUUAAGUUCAAAAAGUUGAUUUAUGCAAUUUUUGAUUUGCCUGGUGGACCGACAUAA